CCAGACGGCACACCUUAUAAGAAGCUUCUACUUCGAUACUAAUUGAAACCACAGCACACAGGUAGAACUUAGAAGUACCAGAGAGAUAUGGAGGUAGCAAAGGUGAGUUCUACAGAGAACAAUAACGAUGAAGACAAUGAAGUUAUGCUUCCAGGGUUUCGAUUUCAUCCAACUGAUGAAGAGCUUGUUGGGUUUUAUUUGAGACGAAAGGUGGAGAAGAAACCAAUCAGUAUUGAACUCAUCAAACAAAUUGAUAUCUACAAAUAUGAUCCAUGGGAUCUUCCAAAAGUUAGUACUGUGGGGGACAAAGAAUGGUAUUUCUUCUGCAUAAGAGGGAGGAAGUAUAGGAACAGCAUAAGACCAAACAGAGUCACAGGGUCAGGGUUUUGGAAAGCCACAGGUAUAGACAAACCCAUAUAUUCAGUCCAAGAACCUCAUGAAUGCAUUGGCCUCAAGAAGUCCUUAGUCUACUACCGUGGAAGUGCUGGUAAAGGCACCAAAACUGAUUGGAUGAUGCAUGAGUUUCGUCUUCCACCAAAUGGGAAAUGUAGCAACCUCACUAAUGCCAAUAGUGCUCAAGAAGCUGAAGUUUGGACACUUUGCCGAAUAUUCAAACGAAUCCCAUCUUACAAGAAGUAUGCACCAAAUUGGAAAGAGACCAGCACCAAACAAAAUCUAACUGAUUCAAGUCCUAAAACAUGCAGUUUGGACUCUGACAAUAAUGAACCAUACAUAAGUUUUGAAGACUCUGUUUUCCAACAACAUAAUGAAUGCAAGCCGUAUAUCCAACAAGUUGAUGAAAGGAACCAUUAUUUUGUGGGUCAUUUGAAUACUCUAAAUCAAGUUCCAUUUACACCAUCUUAUUCAAACUUUUGGAACCCCAGUGGCGAUGAUUUCUUUACAAAAGGAAACUGGGACGAGCUCAGGCCAGUGGUUCAGCUAGCUAGUGAUCCAUCCCAAGUGUACAACUGUAGAUGAGCAGAUGAGGAGAGCAUUCUUACUUGUCUCCUUCUUUUUAUUUUCUUUGUUUUUUUUUAGUUCUUGGGGUGGGUGGAGGGGAGGGUAGGGGGGGUUUGGUUUGGUUAACAGUAGUUAUGAACUUUAAUAAAUGUCAUGUUUCAUGAGUCAGAUUAAUUAUUUAGUAUUUUUGGAAUACAAUGGCACGAUUCUUCCUCAUAUCACAUAAUAGUGUAUCUUACUAAUUAAAUUUGUAGUAUGAUCCACUAUUUAUGUGAAAAAAUGAAGUAUUACGUCGUUGUAUUCUAGGAAUAUAUAAUAAUUUUCCUGUGAUCAAGUUACAUACAUUCUAACUAUACUUUCACAG